AAUACAGCGAUGCAGAAACUGAGCAUUGGGAACUGAACAGUAGCCCUGAACAGUGGGAAGCGACUACCGUCCGUCUGCUCGAUCAGGAAUCUGUUAACAAGAAGAGGUGAAAAACUUCAGAUACAUUCAUUAAAACACCCAGACAAAACUGAGCUGACUGGACAAGAUGGCACAAAGCGAUUGGGUGAACAUAUUCCAAGAGAAGAUUCAGGAACUGGGGCGCAGAGACAGAUGGUGGAUUGAGUUCGAUAACAACAUAAACUCUACUGAACCGGGCUGGGAAAAUUACAUCCGCAAUACUUUUGCAAGGUUCUGCUGCUCGCAGUGUCGCCACACGUGGGCCUCGGCGCAGGUCCCGGUCUUGUUCCACAUGAAGCUCAAUGCCUUGGAGGGCAGAGGCACCGUGAAGGUGCGCUGCUGCAAGCAGGAGUGUAGGAAGUGCCUCACACCGAACCUCGAGCAGCCACAGGUCAGCGAGGAGAACAUCACCGUCCUGAUGGACAAACUCAUGCUGAAGAUCCGCAAGAAGUGCUACAAGGAGAACGUGGGGGAGAACACAACCAGAUUCUUCAUCGCCGGGAAUAUAGACGGGCCUCACGAGUCCAGGCACUGCGAGGGCUGCCGCCUUGGCAUCUGCAGCCGCGGAGGGGUCUCGAGUUAAUGAGUCAAUAGAAACAUAAAACACUGCUUUAUGACAUGCGUGAUUGCCCUGUU